AUAAAAAGCGGCUUGGUGAUGGUGCUGGUUUUGCUACGCACUGUAGAACGCGCACUGCACAUAUUGGCCAAUUGCAUCUCAGAGCCGUGCGCGGGGAGGAGGGGGGGGGGGGCAACGGAUAGACCGACGGAGCUAGAACCGCUCACAUCACAUUCUUCAUCUCAUCAGAGCCCGGUGAAGGACCUACCCAGCAUACAACAUCACUUAGCUAGCUAGGUAAUUGGACCUCUGACUAAACGAUACGAAUAGCGACCUAAACCUCUCGAUUUACUAGCUAGCUAGCUAGCUAUCAUUUUCAUUUACUGUCAUCCAUGAGAUUCUUCAGGCUAUCAUUCAAGUGCUUCGUCGACUGCUUUUGAAUUCCCUCUCCCCAACGUCUGACGCGACGCUUUGUAAAUAUUGCAUUUAUUGUUGAAGGGCACCAACUCGUUAUGAUAAAUUAAAAAAUAAACAUUUUUUUUGAUAACAAGAAGGCGAAAAAGAAACCAAGGAAAGAACUGGAGAACUGCAUAGCUUCUCUCUCUGUCUCUCUCCCCCUCUGAGGCGCACUGAGUAUCUUGAUAGCGUCACUAGCUACUAGCUAGCUGCACUUGGCUCUACCCACCUAACGUUACCCGGUUUAUUUAAACCUAAUUCAUCAACAUGUCGCCAGAAGUGGAAGAGAACUCCCCAGGUGAUGUGCGGCUCUCCCAGAUGGAAGCAGGGAUUCCAUCUGAGGAGGAGGGUGGUGUGGCUCGCCCCCUAGUCCCUGUGCCUGGGGUUGGGGUGGGGGCAGGGGGGUGUGAGGGAGGGGGAGGACAGACCCAAACACAGCCUCAGGUCCAGGCUACAGCAGUACCGUAUGUGGAGAGAGAGACCUGGACCAGACAGAUGGACUUCAUCAUGUCCUGUGUGGGCUUCGCUGUGGGGCUGGGCAACGUGUGGCGCUUCCCUUACCUCUGCUACAAGAACGGUGGAGGCGUGUUCCUGAUCCCCUACAUGAUUAUUGUGUUCAUCGGAGGUAUUCCCGUGUUCUUCCUGGAAAUCGCUCUUGGUCAGUUCAUGAAGCAAGGAGGGGUCUCUGCAUGGAACAUUGCCCCUCUCUUUAAAGGUCUUGGCCUGGCCUCCAUGGUAAUAGUGUUCUUCUGUAACACCUACUACAUCAUGAUCCUGGUGUGGGGCCUGUACUUCCUGCUUCACUCCUUCACCAACCCGUUACCCUGGGCUACCUGCGGGCACCCCUGGAACACCCUCAACUGCACCGAAAACUUCCGCCGGGCUUGCCACAACCGCAGCACCCUGCCUCUCCUCUCCUCCACCCCCGAUCCGUCUAUCCCCAGCUCCCUCCUCUCGUCGGUGGUAUCCUCCCCGCUCAACCUCUCAUCCUCUACUCUGCUCCUCUUCAACGGCAGCUGCGUGGAACCAGAGGGCAUGCGCUCACCAGUCAUUGAGUUCUGGGAGCGUAAGGUGCUCCGUCUCUCUGGUGGUCUGGAUGAGCCUGGUGACAUCAGCUCUCACAUGGUCCUCUGUCUGAUCGCCACCUGGGUUAUUGUUUACUUCUGCAUCUGGAAGGGAGUCAAAGGCACAGGCAAGGUAGUGUACUUCACAGCUCUGUUUCCUUACCUGGUCCUGGUGGUUCUGUUGGCCCAUGGUGUAACCUUACCUGGAGCGCUGGAUGGGAUUGUGUACUAUCUGAAACCAGACUGGUCCAAACUCUGGGAAGCCCAGGUGUGGAUCGAUGCUGGCACUCAGAUCUUCUUCUCCUAUGCCAUUGGUCUGGGUGCUUUAACUGCCCUUGGCAGCUACAACCGCUUCCACAACAACUGCUACCAAGAUGCGUUUGUUCUAGCCAUGAUCAACAGUGGGACCAGUUUCUUUGCAGGGUUUGUGGUGUUCUCAGUGCUGGGCUUCAUGGCUGCAGAGCAGGGGGUCGACAUCAGCAAGGUGGCUGAGAGUGGUCCAGGCCUGGCCUUCAUAGCCUAUCCCAAGGCUGUUACUCUGAUGCCUAUGGCUCCAGUCUGGGCAGCGCUCUUCUUCUUCAUGCUGUUGGUACUGGGCCUGGAUAGCCAGUUUGUUGGGGUGGAGGGCUUUGUCACGGGGGUCAUGGACAUGCUACCGCCCAAAUCUAUGGCGGGCUCGCUGCGUCGUGAGGUUGUCGUGGCGAUAUGCUGCAUCACCCCUGCUUUUUCAUCGACCUCCUCCAUGGUAACAGAGGGAGGGAUGUAUGUGUUCCAGCUGUUUGACUACUACUCUGCCAGUGGGAUCACACUGCUCUGGCAGGCCUUCUGGGAGUGUGUGGUGGUGGCCUGGGUCUAUGGUGCAGAUCGUUUCAUGGAUGAUGUGGCUCGUAUGAUUGGCUACCGGCCGAUGCCCUAUAUGAAGUGGUGCUGGUCCUACAUCACGCCCCUUGUUUGUGUGGGAGUGUUCCUGUUCCACGUGGUGAACUACAAGCCCCUGACCUAUAACUCAGUGUAUACCUACCCCUUGUGGGGGGAGGCGCUGGGCUGGUGUCUGGCCCUCUCCUCAAUGCUCUGCAUCCCCAUCACCGUCCUCUACAAACUACUGCGCUGCAAAGGAUCCUUCACAGAGCGUUGGCAGCACCUGACCACUCCGGUGUGGGGUCGACAUCACAUGGAGUACUUGGCUCCUGAGUCUGAGGCCAAACUGCUGCCCCCUAAUGGCCAGACCAAAAACACUUUGCUGUUUGAGAGUGUCAUCUGACCAUCUGAGCCCCACAGAAUCCACCCCCUCGUUUCCCACUCAGAACCCUACGUCCCAAACACACACUCACACAAACACACAUAGAUACAUACACACACCCUGCCUUGGCCCAUCCAUAAAUGCACAGGAAGGCCACUCUGAAGCCGAUCAAACACACACACUGAACAGCCCUGGACCAAUGGACCAAAGAAAAGAUGGGACAAGAGCUCAAAUACACAAUCAAUACAGGCUGACAUUCUUUCUGUUUUCCUCUACCUCUCUCUCUCUCUCUCAAGGGCUCUGAGUCUCUGUGCCUCAGUGCUGUCCUUUCCUGCCUCGUCCUGUGAUUGUGUUGUGAUGUCGAAUGCAGCUGCGAUAUUUGCCCCCCCAUCCCAUCCCACCUCCACUGUGCCUCUCCCUUUCUCCUCUCUUGUCUGUGUGUGUCCCUCUCCUCCAUGUGUAAUGGAUUCUGUGGGGCAGUUCAGUGCUGCUGACCCAGUCUGUAGUAACCCAACCUACCCUGUUGAUGGUGCUGAAUGAGUAUUACUGAUCCCAAGCUGGCAAACACUUAUCUGUCUACUGUAGAUCUGACUGUGAGUGUGUGUGUGUGUGCGUGUGUGUGUGUGUGCGUGUGGUGUGUGUGUGUGUGUGUGUGUGUGUGUGUGUGUGUGUGUGUGUGUGUGUGUGUGUGUGUGUGUGUGUGUGUGUGUGUGUGUGUGUGUGUGUGUGUGUGUGUGUGUGUGUGUGUGUGUGUGCGUGUGUUUGCGUGUGUGUGUGUUUGCGUGCGUGUGGUGUGUGUGUGUGUGUUUGCGUGCGUGUGUGUGUGACUAAAGGAGAGAGGUACUGUGCUCUAUGUUAUCUGUGUCCGUCUUUGACUCUGAGCUCAACCUGUCACCCGACCACUAUUUUCUAUCCUCCCUCAUCAUUCAAACUGUUAACAAACUUCCCUCUGUAAAUGAGAAAAACAGCUAAGCAUCACCACUUCCAGUGUAACUAACUAACUUACUAAUUUAAGUGUCUUGAGUAUUGUGUGAGUCUGUGAAUCAGUGUUAAUAUUGGGGAGGGGAUUGUAAAUCAGCAUUUCCACCUUGUGAGAGAGAGAGAAGCAUACUGAUUUAGAAAGAGAGAGAGGGAGGGAGGGAGAGAGAAGCCUACUGAUUUAGAAAGAGAGAGAGGGAGGGAGAGAGAAGCCUACUGAUUUAGAAAGAGAGAGAGAGAGGGAGGGAGGGAGAGAGAAGCCUACUGAUUUAGAAAGAGAGAGAGGGAGGGAGAGAGAAGCCUACUGAUUUAGAAAGAGGGAGAGGGAGGGAGAGAGAAGCCUACCAAUGGAGAAAGAGAGCAAGGGAGAGGGAGGGAGAGAGAAGCCUACCAAUGGAGAAAGAGGGAGGGGGAGGGAGAGAGAAGCCUACUGAUUUAGAAAGAGGGAGAGGGAGGGAGAGAGAAGCCUACCAAUGGAGACAGAGAGCAAGGGAGAGGGAGGGAGAGAGAAGCCUACCAAUGGAGACAGAGAGCGAGGGAGAGGGAGGGAGAGAGAAGCCUACCAAUGGAGACAGAGAGCGAGGGAGAGGGAGGGAGAGAGAAGCCUACCAAUGGAGAAAGAGAGCGAGGGAGAGGGAGGGAGAGAGAAGCCUACCAAUGGAGAAAGAGGGAGGGGGAGGGAGAGAGAAGCCUACCAAUGGAGAAAGAGGGAGGGAGAGAGAAGCCUACCAUUGAAGAGGGAGGGAGAGAGAGAGAAGCCUACCAAUGAAGAGGGAGGGAGAGAGAGAGAAGCCUACCAAUGGAGAGGGAGGGAGAGAGAGAGAAGCCUACCAAUGAAGAGGGAGGGAGAGAGAGAGAAGCCUACCAAUGAAGAGCAAGGGAGAGGGGGGAGAGAGAGAGAAGCCUAGUAAUGGAGAGAGAGGGAGGGAGGGAGGGAGAGAGAAGUCUACCAAUGGAGAAAGAGAGAGAGGGAGAGCAAUGUGUCUUAAUGCCAAGCCAAGAGAGAAGCAAUAAAAGACAAGAUGGAAACUUUA